AUGAAGAUUACCCUGCUCACAGUCAUAGCGGGUCUGUCUGCGCACAGGGUUGCUGGCCAUGCUACAUUUCAAGACCUGUGGGUAGAUGGGUCGACAUGCGUGCGUCUGCCCCUAAGCAACAACCCUGUCACAGACGUCACAUCCAACGACAUCGCCUGCAACGCCGGCACCAGCCCAGUCGCCCAGAAAUGCACCGUCAACGCCGGCAGCACCGUCACGGUCGAGAUGCAUCAGCAGCCCGGCGACCGCUCGUGCGCGAACGAGGCCAUCGGUGGCGACCACUACGGGCCGGUCCAGGUUUACAUGGCCAAAGUGGCGGAUGCCACGACGGCGGUCGGUGCCUCGGCGGGAUGGUUCAAGAUCUUCGAGGAUACGUGGGCCAACGCGGGCAGCUCGGGUUCGGAUGAUGACUGGGGCACCAAGGACCUCAAUACCUGCUGCGGCAAGAUGGACGUCAAGAUCCCCUCAGAUAUCGCGGCUGGGGAUUACCUCCUCCGUGCCGAGGUCAUCGCCUUACACGUGGCGAGCUCGACUGGCGGCGCGCAGUUCUAUAUGAGCUGCUACCAGAUCACCGUCAAUGGAAGCGGUACGGCGUCGCCAGCCACAGUCAAGCUGCCAGGUGCAUACUCGGCUUCAGAUCCGGGAAUUCUCAUCAAUAUCUACCAGACCAUGACAACAUACAUCGCUCCAGGGCCGACUGUCGUGUCGGACGGAUCGACGAGAAGCGCCGGAGCUGCGUGUGCUGGGUGCGAGGCGACCUGC